AUGUUAAAAGAGGUGUGUGCCUCAUGCCUGCAGCCCGUCUACUCCAUGGAGCGCGUGGUCACUGACAAAGUCUGUCUGCACCCCUCAUGCUUCUGCUGCAGGGUCUGCAGGAAGAAGUUGAGCUUGCAAAACUAUGCUGCCCUCCACGGGGUGUUUUACUGCCAAGUCCACUACAAGCAGAUGGCUGGAGCUAAAAACAGAAGCGAGACAAAAAGGCUGGAGCAAGAGCUAGGGGACCAUCAGGUCCAGCGAGCAGCAGUGGUGGGCAGAGAGGCACAGCCCCAGGACUGGUACAACAGGGCCAAAAAUAAGACUGAAGCAAGAAGGAAACCCACAUCCUUCAAUGCACAGGGCAGCUUGCAGCUGGCUGAGCAAAGGCGAGAGCUGAACAGCAGGCCUGUCCUCUUAGGGAACAAACUCAGAACCAGCUGGCCACUUUCAGAAACAGCCCUGUUGGCUGCAGAUGGAAAAGAUGUGAAUCUUUCCUGGAAAAAGCCUGCACUAAGCUUGCAAACCUGCCAGGCUGCGGGCAAUAAAGAGGGCAGGAUGGCGCUCAGUGUUCAGAAGGGAAAAACAGCAGUGGAGGCAGCUGUGAAGAAGGGAAGCUUCUUACCUGGUGUCACCUACCCUGAGAAAAGAGAGCAAGCGUGUUCCUGGCCUAAGCCUAGAGAACAGCGAGAUGGUGAAAAGAAGCUGGCAUUUGGGGAUGGGGACGCACCCGGGGGGAAGCGAGGGGGCAAGGUGUCCCAGCGAGUUGCUGCAUUCCAGCAGGGCAGGGUCCAGCUGCAGAGAGGGUCUGUCUCUGCCUCCCCCCCUGUGCUCCUGGAGCCUGUUAAAUCUGUGACACGUCAGAGCACUAAACCCACCAACUGGAGGUACCUGGGGACCAAAGAGGGCUGCAACCUGCCCACAGCAGAGCUGCCAGUGAAGGAAAAUGAGGCCUGUAGGUCUCUCUCACCACUGAGCAUGUCCAACGAAGGUGGCACAAAGCCUGCAGUGACAGAUGACAAGCUUGAACAGACCACAACCACCCCAGCCACUGCAGGAGGCAAGCAUCAUCUUGGAGAGAGGAUGAACCACCCACAGCCGGUCUGUGUGCCAGGAGAGCUUGAAACCAGAAACAUCACAAAUAUGGAGCCAAAAUACAGAGCUGAGGGGGAUGAUCCCCCUGAACACAAAGCUGAAGACCAAGCUUUCUGCCUCUCUGGUGUGCCAGGGACCCCCAGGGUAGCAUCCAGCUCCCUGGAGCCAGGAGGACUGAGUGCAUCACCUGAGAUAGCUGAGCUGGUGAAUGAGAAAUCCAAGACAAACACUGAUGAGUUUCCUGGGAAACAAACACCAGUAAGUUUGGAGGAAAACAUGCUGCUAUCCAGUGUAAGUCAUUUGCCUGAGGUUGAGAGCAAAGGGGUGGAAUUUGAGAAUACCAAAAAAAUGAAACCAGUAAGUACAUCAGGGUUUCUGGAAGAACCCAGUCCUGAGCACACAUCUCAGGAAAAGACACCAGAAAAGAACAGAGUCCCUUCACCUGGUUUGCUGGAGAAGGCAGAUGACCACGAUAUGCCCCAACUACAAGAAACAGAACCUCAAGCCACGUGUAGCCCACUGAUGGCUAACCCUCAUGGGGAUAUUUUGGCACAUGAUGUAAAAUCACCUGGCAAGGAUUUUCCAGUAUCAGCAGACGUGCCUUUGAAAGGAACUUGCACCACUUGGCCCUCACCUGAUGAGACUGAUAACUCCAAAUCAAAGGAUCCAAGUGAAGUUCUUGGUGGAAACAUCUUUAACAUUUCUGAGCAACCAGUCAAGAAAUUAGACUCUUCCAAACUGAAUGAAUCCUCAGACAAAUAUGGGGGUCAUCCAGAGGGUGAAGAAAAAAUGGAUCUGAAACACCCAGGUGAAAGCACUGCACAUACAUCAAGACCUGGUGACCAAAGCAAAGAGACCAGAAGCAGUCAAGCCAGGACAGAGGUGCUGGGUAAAGGUUUCAGGCUUGGGAAAAACCCCUUCGCUACACUUUUCGGUUCUGAAGACAAAGCCAAUGCUCCCAAGAAGGAAACAAGCCAAAGGAAACCCACUAAGCCCCAAUCAGCCCUUGUCACUUUGUUUGGUUACUCCUCAGAGAAGAAGCAGAGUCAACAAGAAAAUCCUGCAAGAUCCUCAGAACAAACAAAUACUGAAGACAAGCAGGAAGAGCCCCAGGGCCUCUUCAGCUCCUCCAGCCAAGCAAAACAAAAGGCCUCCAUAAAUGAUCAGCUGCCACAGCCAGGGAAGACAGAGGUGAUCCCCAAAGAUAUGCAGGAGAGUUCUGGAGGCUGCUUAGAUACCACUGAGGGCAAGGAGACAAAUAUCUUGUUGUUUCCUCCUGGUACAAACAUUUCAUGUAAUGAUAAACAUGAGAAAACUGAACUUGACAUUUGUGACCAACCAACUUUAGACAUGCAGGUUCAGCAGCAACAGGACAGCUGUUGGCCCUCUCUCGUGCCAGCACAGGAAAAUCAGAAAGAAGAUGCGGCAGACUUGGAAGGUGGAACAAACCCUUUCCAUCCUUCUCCAGAGCUUACGCCUGCAGCUGAUAACAGCAAAAAAGUCAUCAGGGGAGGAAGUCAUUGUGGUGCUCAUCUACUGGAAAGUCAGAACUUACUGAGUUUGGAUAUCCAAAAUACAGUGAUAGAGGAUGGAAUUUUUUCUUCAUCAAGAAAUUCAAGAAAGUUACCCAAGGAAGCUGAGCUACAGUUAGACAACAUGGAUCUUCUGGAAGACAGUAACAUUUUCUUAUCUGUAAAAGGACAAGAUUUUGAGAUAGUGAGUAAGAUUCCAAAUUUAGACUUGCAAAAUUCACAGACAGGAACUUCACCUUGCUUUGAUCCAAAUCCUUCAGAAUUGUGCCAAGAAAUCCUGGCAAAUGCUCCACUAGAACCGUGGGACACCUCCAGCUUCCCAUUUCUUGUUGGACAAAAUGAGAUUGUUACUGGAGACUCCGAAGGGAUUCAGGACUGUGCACUGCUGCAGCACUUUGAUCCACAGUACCAGGCUCCAAAGGCUGCAGAAGAUACAUUUGGAUGGGGUUUUAGUGCUGAAGGUUCAACAAACAAACACCUCUCUAUGCAGGAAGGCAGUUUUCCUCCACUGUACACGGUCACCAGCCAUGCUUCUGAAAAACCUAAUCAAAGCCUCUUUGAUCCCUUUCAUGUUGAUUCAGACCAACUUGGCCAGGAUGUUCCUGCAAAAAUGGACAGGAGCAGAAAAAUGUCAGAAGCUGAAGAAGCUCACGAAAGUCUCUCCUCUGCAGACCCAAAUUGGUUCGGUGGUGACCUUUUAAACCAGGAGUUCUUUAUAUAGUUGGAAAGAGAAAAAGAAAAAAAGAGAAAGAAAACAAGUUUCUGAAAUUAACUGAUACGGGACAAAAUCUGAUUCAUGAAAUCAGCUUAAAAAUCCCCACUUCUCUGGCACUAGGUGAAUUCAGUUGUGCAUAGGAUGAUUUAUUAGCGGCUUAAGGAGCUAAAUUUAAGACCUCUAUCCUGGUCAUAGUGGAUCAGCACUCAGGUCCCAAAAAAGAACACCACAAGAACUGGCUUCACCACAAGGAACCUCCAAAGAGAGGUUAACCUCUCCAGUGGGACCAGCACCCCAUUCCCUGCACUUGGAGGGGGAAUCCUUGACCCCAAGUACACAAGAAAAAUGCAAUGAGCAAAGGCAGAGCUGAGAGGGGCAGGAUAGAUAUUCAGCUCCAAAUUUGGUUUAGAUGUCUGCAAGAGCAAUAUUUCAACAUAAAUCAGAUGUCUAAGCCCACUCAAAGUUAAUGGAGAGUCAGUAAGUACUGGCAACACAGUCCAGGGAGUGAUUCAGCUCGCAAUAAACAACCACAUUCAGAAAGCUAACAGCUCUCUGAACUCCACUGAGCUUAUUGAUUGAUCUCAACUAAUUACAAUACAACCUUAGAUAUCUAUUUCUCAUAAAGACAACAAUAUUUAGACAUCUAGAACUGAUUAUAUGGCUUGUCUAUGCUUAACAAUAGAUAUCUCACUCCCCUCAUUAUAUUUUUCCUUGUUUAGACUGCAAAAUUGCUUCACGUGGGAGGUUACCAUCGUUAUCCUCUUUUUAUAACAAUAAGCAAAGAUAAGUGAAAUGACCUUGCCAAGAUCACCUGGUCAGAAG